AUGUUAACUUUUAUCUACGUUGGAAUAAUUAUUAACGUAUUGCGAUAUUUGAACCGUCCGAUUAAUACUAUAGUAUCAAUGAACUAUGUCGAUGAUAUGGACUUUCCUGCUGUCACGAUCUGUAAUUAUAAUCAAUGGAGAGCAUCGAUGGUAGAUCCUGAGCUUACAGAUAUUAUCUUCUUGAUGUCUUCUUCAAAUACCAACUAUCCAAAUGAGACGACACUGGAAUACCUUAAAGCUAAAGAAGAUGAAAUCGACGAGAAAAUAGACAUCUUCAACAUGACUCACCAAAUUGAAGAUAUGCUGUUGGAAUGCAAAUGGAAUUAUAUCGAGACCUGUACAGUAAAUGAUUUUACGCGCGUGCUUACAGAUUGGGGCGUGUGCUACACAUUAAACAACCCACAAAACCUUAGCGAAGUACGCAGAGUUAAACAGCCCGGUAAUAAUUUUGGACUAUCUAUGCGACUUUCUAUCGAGCAAAAUGAAUACAUUCUCAGUGACAAUACUGGAGCCGGACUAAGGAUUUUGGUUCACCAACAAGGGCAGCUACCACUAUUAAAAUCUCUCGGAUUUUCCGUCUCGCCAGGUUUCGAAUCAUACGUUGGAAUGAGAAAUACAAAGGUGGAGAAUCUCGAGCACCCAUACAAAUCAAAUUGUAGAAAACAGCCUUUGAAGUACGCACAAUAUUACACUGUGCAGGCCUGCAACUAUGAGUGUUACGUUGAUUACGUUAUUGAAAAAUGCGGCUGUCGAGAUUACCGAAUGCCUGGUGACGUGCGAAGAUGUAGCCCAUACGAAUCAAUAACUUGUAUUAAUAACGCUUCAAAAGAUUUUAUUCACGAGGAUUGGCAGUGUGACUGUCCAACAGCAUGCACAGCUAACAUGUAUGAUAUAAGGGUUUCGUCAACGUACUGGCCAUCGACAUACGUUACAAAUCUUUAUCUAACGCCAAGGGGAAUAUCGGAGUCUGAGGCAAGGAAAAAUUACUUGGACGUAAACAUCUAUUUUGAAGAGUUGAGUUUUGAGAAGGUCCAGCAGAUUCCUGCAUAUGACAUUGGAACACUUUUAGGUGACAUUGGCGGGUAUAUGGGUCUACUUUGUGGAAUGAGUUUAACUACCAUGUUUGAGUUCGUCGACUUCUUACUUUGCGCUGCCGUCAAGAAAUGGAAACGACGUUAAUAUUUAUAGAAGCGUGCUUCUAUUUUUUUAAUAGUUUUUUCGUACAGCUCAUAGAGACCACGUAUUAUGUCUCCAAUCAUGGACCUAUUAAUAAGUCCAUGCUCCAAUCAUUACCACUUGUUAACGCUGUUUAUUCAUUCCCCUAUCUCACCUAGCCUAUUGUUUAUAAUCAUGUUGGCAUGACAUUUCUGAUCUUAUACUAUCUGGCUUUUGUUAGACCUUCUGUUGUCUAUGCAGACACCUUCUUCAACUGAGCAAUUGAGGCUUUUUUUAGGAAUUAGAAAAUUCUUCGCGCUUUUUGCGUAUGCGAAGUUGAUGCAUAAAAUAUAAUAGAGAUCACAAUUUUAUUUAGUAUAUGAUAGCAAGAAACGAUCUAUUAGUAACUAAAAAUACAUUUUCUGUAAAUACAUCAUGAUUUAUUAUUUGGGGCGAAGUAAAUAACUUAAUGGUUUUGAUGCUAGCCUUCUAAUACCAAGGUCGAGAUACAAAUUUAAUAAGCAACAUCUAAAAAUUAUAUGUAAAUACACAGCCAGAAUUAGAACAAAAGCUUUCGGACAACACUAGUUCUCAGCGGCGAGGGGAUAUAUAUAUACAUACAUAUAUAUGUGUGUAUGUGUGUAUAUAUGUGUGUGUAUGUAUGUGUGUGUAUAUAUAUAUAUAUAUAUGUAUGGGUGUGUGUGUACGUACAUCUAAUGUUUGCCAAUACUACACCAAAUACACGAGAUAAUACGAUAUGUAUUAUAUAUAUGUAUGUAUAUCUUUAAUAUCAUUAAACUACGUUAUUGCAGCAGUCAAAAAAAAUCUUGUAGUUGUUAUAUGAUACUAGCGUUCUCUUAAAUUGUAUUUCUUGUACACAUUGGAAUAUUUUAGUUAAGGGAAAUCUCAUUUUUUAUGACCAGUGGUUAAUGGAUUAGGCCAUCAAAAUGAAGAUUUUUAAAUCCUUUGUGAUGCAAUAUUUCUAAUAGCUUAAACAUAAACCUCAAACUACUGAAAUUGGACCGAUCAUCUUCGCCGAACGUUUUUGGCGAUAGCGUGCAUUAUUCGUUUUGUCUAAAAUUGUGUAUGUCUACAUCAGGGCAUGCGGAACGUUUUUCAAAUGGGGGGGGGGGCACUUUUAAGAUGAAUGAGAAUAUGAAUCAUACAAAUCUGGAAUCAAAUCUAGGGGUCUGGGGUCCUCCUAAUGGGAAAAUGUUGAUUUCUAGAUGGCGGGAAAUGACUUUUCUCGACUUUUGAGCCAGGUGUCUAAUGACUUUGUUCUUCAAAAUUCAAGGUUUUCCCCCUCUUGAAAACGGUCAGGUAAACUUCCUCAUACUUAUUACAGUAAAUAGGCCUGAUAUGUGUGUAAACAUACAUUAAAAAAAAUUAGUAGUUGUGUAGGCUUUUUUCAAAGAUUCCAUAAGCUCCAAAGAAAAGGGGAUCCGGGGGUUCUUCCCCGGGAAAAUG